UCAACUCGUGAGUUGAACGCAGGCAGUGUCGCGCGCUUCGCGUAUUCGCGCGCUUGUCUUCUUUAGUGUGUCGCGCGAAAUAUGCCAUAGCGCGUAUCUAGUUGUCAAAUAGUACUCUCGUUUUUAAAGUGUUUUCUUGACAUACAAAAUAUAAAACUACAAACUGAAGAAUGGAGGCUAAAACUACAGGGAAACUUCCAUACCCAAAAGCAGUUGGGUUUAUCGUGACAAAUGAAUUCUGUGAAAGAUUUUGCUACUAUGGGAUGCGAACGAUUCUGUCAUUAUACCUUCGAGACAAGUUGGGAUACUCGGACAAUGGAGCCACCGUCAUAUACCAUGUUUUUACAAUGUUCGCCUAUUUCUUCCCCUUGAUCGGUGCUAUGAUCGCUGACGGAUGGUUAGGCAGAUUCAGAACAAUUUUCUACCUGUCUCUAGUUUACGCCACGGGUAGUGUCCUGAUAUCCCUAACAGCAAUGCCACCACUGGAUUUGCCAAAAUUGGAAUUUACAAUCUUAGCUCUGCUUCUUAUUGCAUUCGGUACUGGUGGUAUAAAGCCGUGUGUGUCAGCAUUCGGUGGGGACCAGUUCAAGUUGCCAGAGCAGGAGAGAUACCUCGGCUACUUCUUCUCUCUCUUCUACUUCUCUAUUAACGCGGGCAGUCUCAUCUCUACCUUCCUAACUCCGAUCCUGAGAGCAGAUGUGCACUGUUUCGGAGAAAAUGAUUGCUACUCUCUUGCGUUUGGUGUUCCUGGUUUACUAAUGAUUGUUUCUAUAGUGUUCUUUGUUGCGGGAAAACGGCUUUAUAUUAUCAAGAAUCCCGCCGGCAACGUGCUAGGCAACGUCUCAGCUUGUGUCGGACAUGCGUUAGUCCAAUCUAAGAAAAGCAAGGAGAAGCGAGAGCACUGGCUGGACCACGCGGAUGACAAAUACGAUUCGAGUCUCAUUGAAGAUAUCAAAGGUCUGUUAAGAGUUCUCGUACUCUUCAUUCCUUUGCCGAUCUUUUGGGCGCUCUUCGAUCAACAGGGUUCAAGAUGGACUUUCCAAGCUGAUAGAAUGUAUCAGGAAAUCGGAAGUUGGACCCUGAAAGCGGAUCAGAUGCAAGUGCUAAAUCCUUUACUCAUUUUAGUCUUCAUCCCUCUCUUCGAAGUGGCCAUUUAUCCGUUCCUGACGUGGUGCAAGCUGAUAAGGAAACCUUUGCACAAAAUGAUCUGGGGUGGUAUUCUGGCUGCCGCCGCUUUUGUCAUUUCUGGGAUUGUUGAAUUGAAUCUUUUGCCUACUUACGGUACACCAGUAUCGGACGGGUUGGCACAACUUAGAGUUUUUAAUGGAUUUAAUUGCAACAUAACUUUAAAUGUUUACAAUCCAGCAGAAAACACUACCGAUAAAGUUAUAAUAGAUGCUCUGGGAGUUUAUGAAAAACUGGAUAUCGAAGCACAUCACCAAAUAGAAUUGCCUUACUCUCUGAGAGGUGGAAAUAAGAGCGAUUGUAUGGACGUUAAUUAUGAUGGAAAACUGGUAUUAAAAGAGAAAACCGCAAAUUCGUUCUUCGUCUCAAAUUAUGGUGUUUCGCAAUAUGAUGAUAAUAACGAUAAGGCUAUUGACGGAGUAAAAGUUAGAUUUUUAUCAAACACAUUUUCCUUGAUACGAAUAAUGAUGCAAGAUAAAAAGAAUCGAACAAAGUUGAACAUUACUACUGAUGACAAACUUCAAGCAUCCUUAGAAAAAGGUACUUAUGACAUCAUAGUGGAUGGAGUGUUAGUGAUGCAAGAGGUUUCUUUGAAGACGGGAGCCGUUUACGCGAUACCAUUGUAUGAAGACAACGGAGGAAACUUUUACAUGGACAUACUAACAAUUACACCGCCGAACAGCUUGCAUAUACUGUGGCUGGUGCCGCAGUACGUGAUCAUGACGAUGGGAGAAGUGAUGUUCUCUGUAACUGGGCUCGAGUUCUCUUUCACACAAGCUCCCGCUAGUAUGAAGUCCGUGUUGCAGUCGGUUUGGCUUCUCACUGUUGCAUUCGGGAACCUUAUCGUCGUGCUCAUCGUUGAAGGAAACUUUUUAGAUGCUCAGUGGAAGGAGUUCUUCCUUUUCGCGGGGCUGAUGUUAUUAGAUAUGUUAAUAUUCACCGUAAUGGCGCUUCGCUACAAAUACGUGGAACUCAAAUCCAGCACCGAAGAUCUGGCAAACUUGGAGUUCAAAAUGGUCGAGAAAAAUGAGCCUAAGAGCAAUUAGAUUUUACUAUUAUAAUUAGUGUAACAAAGACUUGUUUAAUAUUAAUAUAUUUCAUUUUUUGCCUUAAAA